GUUGACUGUUGAACAAACCCCAGCCAGGAGGGCGACAGAGCCGAGCGGAGCUGAACCGGGAGGAGAACAUAGUUUGGCCGAAUACAAGAGACGGUGUCCCGGUGUCGGAUAGCUUUCACCCCGCAUUCUGGACCUUUUUACAUUUCUCGCAACCAGACAAGUGGCUGCAGGUUGAAGCUGCCAUUCUGCGAGAGGAGCCGCCCAGACGUGACGCUAACGGGUAAAUUGGGCUGGAGCGGCCGGCUGCAGCCUAGCUGAAGAUGUCUGAUAAUGGGGAGGUCGAGGACAAGCCCCCAGCUCCGCCCAUGAGGAACACCAGCACCAUGAUUGGAUCCUGCAACAAGGACCCCGCCCCGCUCAACCACGGCUCCAAGCCCCUCCCGCCCAACCCAGAGGACAAGAAGAAGAAGGACCGCUCGAUCCGGUUCAUCUUGACGGGGGGAGGCGACAAGACCUAUAAGAAGAAGGAGCGUCCAGAGAUUUCCCUGCCAUCUGAUUUUGAACACACCAUCCAUGUCGGCUUUGACGCCGUUACCGGGGAGUUUACUGGCAUGCCGGAGCAGUGGGCCCGGCUCCUGCAGACGUCCAACAUCACCAAAUUGGAGCAGAAGAAGAAUCCUCAGGCCGUCCUCGACGUUCUAAAGUUCUAUGACUCGAAAGAAACGGCCAACAGCCAGAAGUACAUGAGCUUCACAGAUAAAAAUGCAGAUGCCUACAGCUCCUCCACCACGACGAGCUCCAAGGCUGUGUCAGAGACGCCCGCCAUAGCAACCGUAUCUGAGGACGACGACGAGGAUGAGGCCGAGCCCCCGCCGGUGAUCGCCCCCCGACCAGAGCACACCAAAUCAAUAUACACUCGCUCGGUGAUCGAGCCCCUCCCUCUUCCUCCUCCCACCAAAGAUGCCGCGACCUCGCCCAUCUCCCCGCCGCCGGCCGUCGGGGCCUCCACCGCCACUGCCGCCGCCGGUGUCACCCCCGCCCCCCCUUCGGACGGAGCUCCCAGCAGCCCUCCCAGUGCGAGCCCCGCCCCCGGGCCCUCAGUGCCCCGCCCCCAGGACAAAACCAGGAAGAAGAAGAUGUCGGAUGAGGAGAUCCUGGAGAAACUACGGACGAUCGUGAGUGUGGGAGACCCCAAGAAGAAAUAUACACGCUUCGAGAAGAUCGGACAGGGGGCAUCUGGAACGGUGUACACAGCCAUAGACAUCGCUACAGGACAGGAGGUUGCCAUCAAACAGAUGAACCUGCAGCAGCAGCCCAAGAAGGAGCUGAUCAUCAAUGAGAUUCUGGUGAUGAGGGAAAAUAAGAACCCCAACAUUGUCAACUACCUGGACAGUUACCUGGUGGGUGACGAGCUGUGGGUGGUGAUGGAGUACCUGGCCGGAGGUUCGUUGACUGAUGUCGUCACGGAGACCUGCAUGGAUGAAGCCCAGAUAGCUGCUGUGUGCAGAGAGUGUCUCCAGGCGUUGGAGUUCCUCCACUUCAACCAGGUCAUCCAUCGAGACAUUAAGAGCGACAACAUCCUGCUGGGCAUGGACGGCUCAGUCAAACUCACCGACUUUGGCUUCUGCGCCCAAAUCACCCCGGAGCAGAGCAAACGCAGCACCAUGGUGGGGACUCCGUACUGGAUGGCCCCGGAGGUCGUGACCCGCAAAGCCUACGGCCCCAAAGUGGACAUCUGGUCCCUGGGCAUCAUGGCCAUAGAGAUGGUGGAGGGGGAGCCGCCCUACCUGAAUGAGAACCCACUGAGGGCACUGUAUCUCAUAGCAACCAACGGGACACCGGAACUGCAGAACCCGGAGAAGCUGUCGACAACAUUCAGGGACUUCCUGAACCGAUGUCUGGAGAUGGACGUGGAGAAGAGAGGGUCGGCGAAAGAGCUGCUGCAGCACCAGUUUCUGAAGAUGGCGAAGCCCCUCUCCAGUCUGACUCCUCUCAUCGUGGCUGCUAAGGAGGCAGCCAAGAACAACCGCUAGCGAGCCUUGCUCCAUCUGUUCCUCCCUCUCUUUCUCUGUCUGCCAUCCCUCCUUCCUCUCUCUUUCUUCUUCUCUAUUUUUCUUGGUAGACAGGAGAGCAGCGAUGGCACAAGCCUACAGUCCUUCUCUCCCUUUUUCUAUUUUUCUUUUCUCUUUUGCAACCUGCACCGACUCCUCCGUCACCCCGUAACCUUUGACCCCAAGCUUGACCUCCCCUAAUAACCCUCACAGGGAAAGGAAGAUGGGUACUUUCUUCCUCUAAUUCUUUGUUUGCUGGACUUGAUCAGGAAGGGGGGGGGGAUCAAGGGAUGUCAUCGCCCCCUCAGCCAGUAUGAACAACCCAAAAGGAGAGAGUGAGAGUUUUUUUUAAUAUAUCUGUUUGCCCGUCUGUUUUUUUCUUACCGUGUCUGAAAAAAGGACCACGACAGCCAAUCAGCACCCUCUGCUGCAGACUGUGUGUGUGUGUGUGUGUGUGUGUGUGUGUGUGUGUGUGUGUGUUAGCUAAGUUCCGAGCUUCCUGUCACGCAUCUAUGGGUUUCAGUCAGACUGCGUCUUCUAUCUAAAAGUGCAUUGGUUGAUUUUAAUUUUAUCACUCAUUUUCUUAAUCAACAUUUUUGUGUGUGUAUGUUUGAGUGUGUGUGUGUGUUUUGUCAAGUUCAUGGUAACUUUACCUUCUAUAGUUUUUAACAAGGAGCAGGUGUGGUUCGGUACUUUGUGGUGUCUGCGGUGAGAGCUGUGAUUUAGACAAUAUUAUUAUGAAUUAUAAUAAAGUACAGGUAUGGUGGCCCGGAGCCGUUGAUGGACCGAGUUUGGACGCUUUCGAGGUUUCCCUCUUCAAAAGUUUAUUUUGACUGCCUGAUUUCUUCCCAGUAGGAAGCAACAUUUUCUUCUAUUAGGUUUCAUAAAUAAUUCACAGUUGCUGAUGGAAUAUUAGAUGUAGCAUUACACUCCUAUAACACCGUCUGACUCGAGCCAGACAAUAAAAAAAAGAAUAAAAGAAAACCGAUGAAGCCAAACUUCCCUUUUUUAUUCUUAUUUCACUGUUCUGGUGUAAAAUGUUUUCUAAUCAGAUCCGUAAUUGCUACAAUUGCACAAACAAAAAGAAAUAGAAGCUUUAUUGUCAAAUGAUUGUCUUGAAAUGACGGAUGUAGACGGGAGUAAAAACAAUUAGCUCUAGCUCAAAAUAGUGUUUGCGUAGGAACGCUGCUCGGACUGAAAUAAAGUUUGUCAGUGGUGCUCUUUGAGACACAAUAAUCUUGUUAUAGUCCAUUUAGAGUCAAAAGAUGUGUUAGGGCGGGCUUACUGUGAUUGACAGUAGAAGGCGUCACACUCCAUCUGCGGCUCUGGGAUGUCUGUCUGUGAG